CCCAAAUUAUUGGGCUUCUUUUGUAUGUUUCGAAGUGGUCUACUUAUUCCCUCUUCCCAAUUCAACACUUCCUGCGCUCUCACAAUCUCCUUGCGAAAUCAAGAUGGCAUUAAGAGGAGUUUGGCAACUUCAAAAGCUGAUUGUAAGCUAUUGUGAUUGGGGAGGGAGUAGUAGGGGCAUCAGGGCGUUUAUGGAGUCGCAAUUACCAACAUUCAAAGAGAAAAACCCUCAGUUGGAGUUGGUUACUGAACUCAUCCGUGGACAGCAUCCACUUUUGAAGGGCUUUUACAAGAACAAAAACGAGCGGGUGAUAUGUGUGAAGAACAUGACUCCAGAAGAUAUCCUUCUUCAUGCUACAAGGCUGAGGAAUGCUUUGGGAAGAAAAGUGGUGAAAUUGAAAACAAGGCAUGUAACUAAACACCCUAGUGUGCAAGGUACAUGGACAACUGACGUGAAAUUUUGAGACACAGUAGUACUAGUUCAAAAUUUUGCCAGUAUGUUGCUUUGUUCUAUUUUGCCGUGAUGGCAACUACUGAAACAGUGCCUGCUUGGAGGUAAAUGAAACUGCUCGGUUUUGCACCAGCAUAAUGAUGUUUGAAUCAUUAAACAUGGUUCAAAAACUGUCUUUGCAUGUUUGAUGAGUUUGAAAGCAUUGUAAUAGCUGUUUGGACCUAAUAUUUAACAAUUAUCCGCUAAUUCUUAAGGUAAAGACCACAGUAGAGAUUCUUGAUGAGAAGUACCUUUGCUUAAGGACUAUAUUUCAUAAAAGUGGUUGCCACAUACACUCUUUUAUUUACACAAUUAAACCCAAAAUUGGAAGCAAGAC